UGGAGAACCGGGCGGAUGAUGUGGCAGCAGCGGUGAAGGAGCUGGAAGAAACAGUGCUCGCGGAUUUGGUGACCGCGUGCAAAACCUCGACGGACUGCCUCUUCUUCAACGUGUUUCGGAGUACCGGAUUCGGCACCAGUAUUGAACAACACCUGCAAACUUCUCAAACAAGUACGUCUGAAGAUGUUCUUGGCACGACCGGAAGUAGUACAACCAGUGCAGGGGCGGCUGGUCGUGAGGGUCGUGAACACAAGUACAACAAAUCCUACUCUCUCCAUCAGGCCUACAAGAGCGAAGCAGCAGCGAAGACGGCGGAGCAGGCUGAUGCUUUCCAGAAGCUGGUAAAGUUUCUCACAGAAAGCGACUUCGCGGGACUUUUCGCUGUGGACGAAGAAGAAGAACAGCAGGCGUGCAAUAAACUCCAGCUCUUUGGUAUCCCACGAAAAAACUGUUUCACUGUGAUGGUUUUGCAAGAUCCGCAUCACAAGUUUGCUAGACAUGACACAGAAAAUUUGCCAUGCGCGUUUUCCAAGGGAAAAUACGCGUAAAAAUCCAAUGCCUUGCAGGUGUAGCAAGACAACUAGUUCUGUGUUCCAUUCUAUGCAUCACAAGUUCACAGUGAAACAGUUUUUUCUUGCGAUAUUUGGCGCCGGCCAGUGGCCGCGAACAUUCAAGGACCCGCGCGUGGUCUCCCUGACGCAAGCCUUCGCGUUUGUCUCGG